AUGACCACCCGCUUCGCAACUCGCAAACAAGUCAUCUUGCAGCAGCUCGAUGCACCAGAUGGCGAGUAUCAUGACCUCUCUCCAAAAGGCUCCAUCGAUGCGCCAAUUCGCACCUUGAUAGGCGAGAUCAAUAGCCUGGGAGGCCUCGUCACAACAAGCAGCUGCUCUGGUCGCAUUAGCAUUUUCUGCGAAGGACGCAAGGCUGUUCAAAACGGAAGUGAUACGGCUAUAGGAAAUCAGGAUGGUCACGACGCUGCUCUAGAUACAGAGGACUCUCGUGCAGGACCUGGUGGAAAAGGCGGGGGUGGAGCAUGGCUCUUCAUAUCACACUGUCCCAUUCCACAAGCAGAAGAAACGUCACCCAACUAUAUACCGAAAUUCGGUCUUGAGCAUUCUCCUUGUGGAAAGGCAACGACAUCUGACGUUGCAACAAGACGAUAUAUCCACCUCAAGUUUGAGCCCAUGAUUCUUCACAUACUGACUGCCUCGUUCCAAGAUGCGCAAGUCGUUCUGACAGCAGCCCUUAGUGCCGGCUUCCGCGAGAGUGGUGCUGUCAGUCUGGGCUGCACCAAAACCGGAGAGUCGAAUCCCAUGGUAGCAGUGCGGUCAACGGGCUACUCCUUCGACUCCAUCAUUGGCUACCAAAAUGACCAAGGCCGCAAUAUCGCCAUAGUAGACGAGAGCUGUUUGGAAACUCUAGUAAAUAUUGCAAACGAGCGCUUCAACAUCAACCAAGACCGAAUAGCACGUUUCCGCACCGCGCUCCUCGCCGCCUCGCAACCCACCACCUCGAGCCCACCAGGCUCGUCGAGGCCAGCCUGGGAAGACGCAGACAUGCGGAAACGUCGGAAGCGCGAGGAGGGUCUGGCGCGAAAACACGCUUUACACGACCAACAAGGCCAAAAGAACAGCGACGACAUACUGGACACCCUGGAUGGCACUAUACUCUGA